AUAGUAGAGUGGACUCUGUCUGACUCUGCCAAAUCGCGGUCAAGCAUGCAAGGGACUUGUUUCUGGUUUUUCUUUCCAACAUCUUCUCAGCUUGCCAGGGACAGUCUCGACAUGCUCUUCGUCUCCUUGACGAUGGACCUCCUUGGAAUAACAAGGCGGCGCCAGGAUGACAUGGACAUUGCUUCAAAGACUCGGGAAUCCCUGGUAUCCGGUUAUGGCUCGAGUUUAGUUCUCAGAGUUGCACUAAUCCUGCGUGCCAGGGGUAAAUGUGCACAAGAGAGAGUUACAGACUCCAGCUGGCGCUCCUCAAAACAUUCAUCACUUGACGAUGAGUGUGUGCAUUUCUCAUUCGCCGCCUUAGACCAAAAUGUGGCGGGCGCCAGAACAACGAAAUCUCGGGAUGGCGGUGAUUAA